GACUGCAUUUUUAUAAUUUAAAGAUGGCUGCGCCCUUGGCAAUGACCAAACAUUGAACUGCACUAGAAGCACAACAAAAUGUAAUCCGAAAUAAAAUAACCAUAAGAAAGUAAGUGCAUUCAUAUAUAAUUAAAUGUAUUUUUGCUGUCAUUUAAUUGAUUUCUUUAGAAUGUGGUCCCUUGCGGUAUGUCAAGAGAAAGCCUAAGUAAUGUCAAUGUAGAUCAGUGAGUGAUCAUCAGUGAUGAAAUUGUUUAAUUAAUUGAGAAAGAAAUUUUUAUUUGGGCCUAAGCCUAGGAUAGGCUAGGUGCUUUGACAUACACUUUUUACCUAAAUCUCUUAUUGCCAUAAAUGUUAAAAGAUACAUAAUUUAAAAGGGCUAGCUAAUUUCAUCAGUAUAGACAUAGAAGUGGAGUUUUUGGGUGAAUUUUUUAAAAGCCCUUUAAAUUUAAAUGCCUUAAAAAGAGUUAAAACAUAAGUUGAUUAAAUUUUAAGCCUGUCUUUAUACUUGAUAGCUACUUGGAUUUGGAUAAAUCAUUUUCUGCCAGUGACAAAUCAUCCCGCAGUUAAGUUUUCCUUGUUCAACUUUUUGUCCACUUGAAAAUGUACAAAAAAUAUUGCAUAUUUAUUAUUAUAUGUCACUAUGAUAUGAUAUGACUAUGAUAGUCAGCAAACAACAUUUUUUUAUCAACACAUAGCCUACGUGUUAUUAAAAAAAUGUUGUUUGCUGUUAUUUCUUUGUUAAAUAUUAAAUAAUAGGUUGUGUGAUAUAUUGCAUUUUAAAGAGAAUUAGAUGCUAAACAAUACUGAUAAUCAAUGUUCCCUUUAAGGUUUGCUGGUUCGUGUGCAAAAUCAUACAGUUGUGUGCAAGUUUUACAGCAUCAAUUUUUUUGUGUGUAAAGUUUUACACCCUAUAAAAACAAACACACACUUACAUGGAAAUUCGAUGCGCGGUACUCAAAACUGCAGUGCGGCGACUGUGAGGUGGCUGUGCAGCCAUGCAGCUUAUGGGAACAUAACUGAUAAUAUGUUUUCAAGUUUUCAACAAGAAAUUUUUUUGAAAAAUAUAUCAAGUUGAAUUUUAAAAAAAGUCUACUAUUUAAUUUCUCUUCAGUAACGAUUUUCAUAUAACCACUGUUUAAAGCAUUCACCAUACCCCAACAAUUUUAUUAAGGUUUCAAAACAGUGACCACAUAAAUAGGUAUGAUGACUUUAUUUUCUCCCUGGAUACCAUUGUUUAUUAAAGCUUGAAAAUAAGACAAAGUGUAUGACCAAGGAGUGGCAGCUCUCUCAAAAAGAGUUAUACCAAAAUAAUUCACCCCAAAAAAAUCAUAACUUUCUUUAGAAUUGACCUACACAAAAAAGAUUAAGAUUGGUAAAAACAAAAUUUUUUAAAUUCAAGUUCUAUCUAAAUAUUUAGUUCAUAAAGCUGCAUCUUCAUUUUGUCACAGUUCCUAAUAUUUGGCCUAGGCUUAUUAGCCUAUGACCUUACCCUAUGAGGAUGCUAUAGCCUAAUACUGCCUAAUAGUAAUAGGCCCAAUAUUCAAUUACAGUCCUUAGUCAAUACAAUCAUUCCUUAGCUCACUUGGUCAAUUGUUACUAGAGUUACCCUUUUUUUAAUUAUUACACCUACAGGAUGUUUUGAUUGAUUCAUUUUUUAAUUAAUAUUUUAAAGUGAGGUUAUUUAAUACCUAUAGUUAAAAAUAAAUAGAUUUUGACUUUAUUGAUCUUUUUUGCAAUUUAUGUAUGUUGGAACUUACAAUAAAGUGUGUUUAAGUGUAUUCGAUGCAACUGUAAGUUUGGUUUUCAUUAUUUUGAAUAUUUGAACAAUAAUUUUAUCUUUUUAUUCAAUUUUACACCUUUCUCACUGCAGUGUGUAACUGUAGCACACAAACCAUUGCUGUGGUCAGCAAAGCUGAUUUGGCAUUAGGGAGACACUGAUGUUGCUUAAAUUUACCAAAUAUACCAUAUAUAUAUAUAGGCUACUAAUAAUUUACUAAUUGACUUAUAAUUUUUUAUAUUAAUGGUAAUGAGUUGACAUGUCACAUUUCUCACAUAUCAUUGAUCAGAUUAUUUUAUUAUUAUUCCCUGAAUUGUUCACUGAAAAAACACAAUAUUUUAAAGAAAUAACGCAAUAUUUUUAUGAAAUAACCACUAAAGUUCCUAAGUCCUUAUUCAUUCAGAUUGUCUAAAUUUCCUUUAUUCAUUCAGAUUGUCUAAAUUUCUGGCUCUGUUUACUCUAACAGGUUCUUAAUUUCUUCAACAAUUUUCUGGUUCUGGUAGGGCACGUUGCUAAAUCCAUUUACUGGCAUAUGUGCAACGGUUGGGGAUGCAACGCUGGUAUUUUAACAGCUCCUAGGGGAUGCUAGGGCAGUUUUGAAGCUCUCAAUUGACGUCGACUUUGUGGUGGUAUUGUCCAGGUGGUUCCAAGCGAUGAUUGUUUGUCGGAGAAAUGAUAGUUUAUAUUGGACUGUGUUACACGGAGGCACAGUGAAGCAUUUACUAUUGUUCCGGAUGUAAUUGCUUUUGGGGAUUUUAGAGGUGAAGUUAGUGUUUAUUGAGGGUUUGGCUCUAAUUAAGCGACCUGGCUUCUGUGGGGUGAGAUACAUGUUUGCUAGUAUGGCAUAUUAAUAAGACACGAACAAAUUGUGUCAAUAGAACAAUAUGAGUUAGCUUUAAUAAUAAUUGUACAUUAUACAGAAUUAAACGUUUCGGCACAUGCCUUCAUCAGUACAAACAAACACAACACAUUUAAAUAAGUAUAAAUUAAAUUUACAUAAUGUCAAUAUAUAUAUCCUACCUAAAACAGAAAAAAUAUAGGAGAGGGCGCUUAAAACUAGCCCCAUGACCACUUUAUAUAGGAAUUUUUGGCAAAGCUUUUCUCGUCUCUUUGAGGGAGGGGAUGUCAAAUCUUUUUAAGAGGCCAGUGACGAAUUUGUGGUCACGUGCGAUGAAGCGCACUGCGCUACGUUGGAUUCGCUCCAUCUUGUCCACAUCUGGCUUUAGGUAUGGAUCCCAGAGGAUCGUACCAUAUUCUAGUAGUGGGCGGACGAGUGCAAGAUAGGCAUUUCGUUGCAGGAGGUUGGGCAGUGGCCCAGAUUUCUUCGAAUGAAACCUAGUGUGGAGUUGGCUUUUUUAAAGAUGUUGUUUAUAUAGGGAAACCAUUUUAUGUUAUUUGAGAAGAGAAUUCCAAGGUAUAGAUUAUUUGAUACUAGUUGGAGAAUUGUGUUUUUUAGGGAGUACAUAUAGGUUGAUGAGUUUUUUCUUGAAAUUCUCAUUGUGUAGCAUUUGAUUUCAUUAAGCUUCAUGCCCCAUUUGUCCGCCCAAUUCAUAAGGCACUUCAAAUCUGCUUGGAGGUGGUUGUGGUCAUCAUAGCCAUUUAUCUCUUUGUAGACAAGACAGUCGUCUGCAAAUAGCCAUCACAUGAGAUUUUAGGGAGGUUGUUUAUGUGACAGAGAAAGAGAAGGGGGCCCAGCACUGUGCCUUGCAUUUUAUUAAUGUUCCUCCAUGUUCACUGACAAUCUAUGUUCAUAUCAAAAUACUAAUGAUCAGAUUCAGAACACUAUGAUGGCAGAGGCAAAGGACACUACCAGCCACAGGCCAUUUCUGGGAGAGCCAUAGAUUAUCCGCACUGUUACUAUUUGGCACUGAUAGCAACCUAAGCCCAAGAUAGCCAAACAUAGAUGAUGGCCUUUAUUUCCUUGUGAACACAGUGCUGUGGAUUACAAAAUGUAUUACCAGUAUCCAAUAAAACAUGUUUUUCAAAUGUUUUGGUUUAUUUUAACAUUUUCAUCUAAAAAUUAAAUGAUUUAUAUACUACUUAUAUAGUUCUACUAAACAUUCCUCUUUAGUUUUCAAAGAUGCCUCUGACUGGAGUUGCACACAGCGAUGACCAAGUCAAUUCUUUCUCCUAUAUACGAUAGACCAAACAGCCACAGUUUUGGUCUGAAUUUUCUGUGAUUCUUGCUGGCACCUGUUGUGCCAGAGCAAUAGUAAGUAUUUAAAAAUCAAUUUUGUAACAUUCUUCAUCAAUACUUACUUGAACUUCGAGUGGAUGUAGUGUAGACAUGAGUUCUUAUGCACCAAAUUAGUUUGACUGCAACAUCAUAUGAGUUUAAUACUUUAUAUUUUCCAGGUAUCAAAAAAAUGAAUGUUGCAAAGCGUGCCAUAAUCAAGAUUGAUGCCAUAUUUUCUAAAAACCUUUUAGUUGCCAAUGUUGUGACCUGUGGAACUCUACUUGGGAUUGGUGAUGCCUGUGUCCAAGGAAUGAAUAUAGUGAUUUCAAAGAAGAAGACAAAAUUUGACUUUGAACGGACAGGUUAGUGAAAUGUAUAGAAUUCCAUUAGGGUGGCAUCCAAGCUAUAGAUUUUUUGGGGAUAUGUUUCUGCGGCUGGAUUUGGAUGUGCCCAGCAAACUGCAUUCUUUGAACACCUGUUGUCAUUUUCAUGUCUUGUUUACCUGCUUUUGAUGUGUUCAUUCCUUAGGCUAUCACAGUAGCUGAUCUCCACUAUAUUUUCCAUAAAAAUGUAAUACUUUUCUUGUCAUGUACCAUUUAAAUUUAAAAUAAAUUUAUCAACAUUUUUUAUAGCCAUUAAUUUUGUAAAACUGAGUUUUUGUUUCACCUUCUUUCCUGACUCAUUUUUAUCUUCACAGGCCGCAUGAUAGUUAUAGGAUGUGCCCUUGGACCAUUUAAUCAUUUAUGGUACGCUACUCUAGACAAAUUUAUCAAAGGAGUCUCAGGGAAAGCUGUCUUUCAAAAAAUUCUUUGUGACCAAUUGGUAGCUGGACCGUUUUUUUGUACAACUUUUCUUUAUGGCAAGUAAAACCAUAAUCUCUUAUAAUCUCUUAUAAUGAUUGUACAACAUUUUGUGUUACUAUACCCUCCUUUAAAAAGCUGUUAAAAGAUUAUGUAGUCAUUUUCAAUUUAUAGGGCGUCCGUUAUUUCAUCUUACAAGAAUGAGCUGAAAACAAAUGCUGCUCAGAUGUUUUAAAAAAAUUAAAUUUUUAUCAUGCCUUGCUGUGGAGCAUUCAGUUAAGAGCUGAAUCAAAGCUCAACUGUAUCUGUAGGAUUAUAGAAAAAUCAAAAAGUUCAGCUGUGUCAUUGUUAUUUUUGUGUGUUGUGAAUUUCGUUCCAUAGAUCUGUGCACAAAGCAUUUAUCUUAAAAAAUAUAAGUAUUAAAGCAGGCAAAGGACUCAAAAUAGUGUAUUCCAGUCAUUUAAAAAAAAAUUGCGUUCACUCUUAUCAAUGCAUACAUUGAAUGCAGCCUUGAUAACAAUAUUCUCGUAAACACUUUUCAGGAUUGAGUAUUUUAGAAGGGAAAGGUACCAGUGGUGCUACGCAGGAAUGGAAAGAGAAAUUUCUUGAGAUUUAUUUUGUAAGUUCUCAGUCAUUCUUUUUUCUAGCAAAAGCAUGCUGUAAAAAUGUCCAUAAAAUCUAUUUCUGUUAAAUCUCUCUCUUCCCUACAUACUUUAUGCUCAAGAGUCUGAAAAUUUAUUUAAAUAUAUUUAUACGACUGAGAGAGAGAAAGCCCUCAUUUAUUUUUUAAUAGUCAUAUCCAAUUAUCGCCUCAUCUUAGAUCAUUCCUUGCUCCUCUCACUCCUUCCUUAAGUAACUAACUACCAUCAUUUGUUUCCUGCAUUCCUAAGUAAAUUAAUACUACCUGAACGGGGUCGACAUAUUUAAAUAUGACUGAAAAAAAUUAUAACAAUAAAACAACAGAAAGUGUCAUUUCUUGUGUUCUAAAGAUAAAUAUAAAUUAAAUUUUUUUUUAUUUCCCCUCCUCCCAGAAAGCUUGGAUCAGCGAGUGGGAAGGAGGGUGGUCACAUUAAGAAAAUCUGGGUCGAUACAAUUAUAAUCAAUUCCUCGCAGUUAUUUAUAAAUUAUCCUUUUAAGGGUUCACACCCUUAAAAAUAAAUUAUUUCAGAAAAAAUAUUAUUUUACUAUUUUAUUCUCAAAAUAAUUGUAUUUGACUUAUUUUUUUGGGAUGUUAAUAUUAUGUUUUCAUACUUUGAUUUUAUCUUAUUUUUUAGGAUAUUGUCUUAUCACACUUUGAUCUCAUUGAUGUCAUCUUGUUAUUUAGGUGGACUGGAUGUUUUGGCCAGGUGCACAAUAUGUUAAUUUCAGGUUUGUUCCUGGCAAAUACCGUGUUGUUUAUGUUAGCACAGCAACAUUGAUAUGGAAUUCUUUCUUGUCAUACGUCAAACAUAGACACGUAAGUAUGGCAUACAUCAUUCACCUCAUACGUUAAUAUCCUGUAUGUGUCAUUAAUUAAUAUAAACUCAUGCUACGGAAAACUUUUAAGUUGUCUGCUGAGAAAACCUCUUAGCUAAAAUGUUAUUAUCUUGUUGUCCUGUCUUUCUAUUCAAGCUUCCACAUACCCUAUUGUACUAUUUCCUUCACACAGCUUGAACGCAGUCCUUCAUGUAUUAUCCUUUAUUUUCUGAAUCUUUGUAUCAAAUAAAAGCUGUUGAUGUGAUAGACUCAGGAUUAAAAAACUUUGACCUGUGCUCGGGUUUUUUUGGAAACAACAUUGUAAGCUUUAUAACUUUUUUCAUAAAAAGUUUCUAUUGUUAACCCACGAACUGUCGUCGGCCGAUUUCAUCGGCCAAUUUUCUUUUCCCAAACUUUGUGGGCAGAUAAAAUCAGCCGAUAAAAAUUGCAUUGAAAGAAUAAGUUCCAGUCCAAUAUUUUACACCAAAUAAAACUAUUUCCUUUUAUUAAUAAAUAAACUUCUGUUUUUUCGCUCUUCUGUGACCUUUUUUUAAACGUGGAGUUAUUUUUCAAUAAUCUUUAUCAAGCAAAUUUUGUCAGUAGAUUUUCGCGAAGUGGAUGAGGCCAAAGCUGGACCAUCUGGCUUAGAAAAUAAAUCAGUUGGGAAUCAUUUUGAUAACUUUGUAGUUAAUGACUUAAGUGAUUCAGAAGAUGAUUUUCCAAAGACACAGGAAGACAAUGAUAAUUCUGAUUCCCAAAAGUUCGGACCAUUUAGAAACUAGGCAUAGAACAAGUAGGCUUGGGUGUUGGAUGUUGUUCUAUAGAUGUUUACUUUUAUUUCAUUUUAUGGAUUAAAUAUUCCCAAAAGUUCGGACCAUUUAGAAACUAGGCAUAGAACAAGUAGGCUUGGGUGUUGGAUGUUGUUCUAUAGAUGUUUACUUUUAUUUCAUUUUAUGGAUUAAAUAUUCCCAAAAGUUCGGACCAUUUAGAAACUAGGCAUAGAACAAGUAGGCUUGGGUGUUGGAUGUUGUUCUAUAGAUGUUUACUUUUAUUUCAUUUUAUGGAUUAAAUAUUUAUAUAGCAGCUUUUUAAAUUUUAUGUUUCUUGCUAUUUAGUAAUUUUUAAAUUAUUUAUGUCGUGCUUAGUUACUUAAACGUAAUUAUAGGUAUCAGAAGAAUUUUUUUUUUUAAUCUAUUAAUAAAUAAAACAUAUAUAAAUCAUAAAUUUCUGAAAGAUAAAUAAAAAUGCUAUCAUAUUAUAUAAACAUUAUAAUAAUAUGCCUUUAAAAAAAUGUAGUUUGAGGUACUUGAAAAGAAAAAUUUUCAUUAUUUUCUUUAUUCUUGACUACUCCAAGGUUACGGUCAGCAAGUAUAAAAGAUCAUUAAAAAAUAGCCAGAGUGAUUCACCACUCAGUCUAAUUUGAAUAAAUAUAUACUUUAUGGUGCCCAGCUAUAGUAUUUGCAUGUGAAAUAUCACAUUUUUCAAAGGCACACAAAAAGCUCUAAAUUUCCUGCACAGUACAGAAACAUACAAUGGACAGUUCGUGACAGUUCUUGACAGUUCAUGGGCUAAAUAAAGAAAAGACCUUUGAACAUUGAAACCCAUUUUCAAAAAAAAAAAGUAAUUCUGUAAUUGUUGUUUUCAUCUCCUUUUUUUUUAUUUUUGUGUAUCAAAGUAAGCUGAUGCCUUGAAAGCAUCAUCCAAUGAAUGCAGAUGUAAGCAUUUAAUUUAUGCAAUGGAAGGAAGUGGGGCAUGUGCUUCUUUAAAAUGUUAAUAUAAUUUUAUUUGCCUUCAUACCGGGUGCUGGCUUUCCUGGCCUAUGAAAUAAUUUUUUUUGCCUUCAUACCAGCAGUUUAACACAAACAAUUUUUUCACCAAUAAAGCUCAACAAAAGUUUGACCCCAAAUUAGCCCAACUAAGGUGUUUCAAAGAUUUGAUUUCAUCCAAUAUUUUCCCAUUACCAUUAAUAGGUUUAUCACAAUCUGAUAAGCUUAUAGGGGUUCAACAUCUGUACUCAAAAUUUAACUCUGCUUAAUUAAGGCCAAUGUCACGGGACCAACCAACAUGUCAACCAUUUACACUUCUCUUUCCAGCCCUCAUGUCUGUGACAUGCAAGUUUAAUCUGGUAGAUCAACUGUUGGCUUUUAAAGUCUGACUUUCCAUGUUGUCACAUAUAUAAAGAUAGAUGCUUAGCUAACUGAUUAUAAAUCAUUGCAGAUUGAAGAUCAACUGUUGGCUUUUAAAGUCUGACUUUCCAUGUUGUCACAUAUAUAAAGAUAGAUGCUUAGCUAACUGAUUAUAAAUCAUUGCAGAUUGAUGCUAACGAGGAGGACUUUCACUAAAUAUGGGGUCAUGUGACCAACAUCACAGUGUUUCACAGUAUGGGGUAAUGUUAACAACAUCACAGUGUUUCACAAGGAAAAUGGCUUUUGUGUUAUCACUGCAGUUUAGGUGCUGGGCAUCUGUCAUCAGACAAACAAACUGACAUCAAUUUGUGUUUGUUUCCAUUCAAAUAUCUCAAGUGGUUUGUACAAAUCAAUUUAAUGUUCUCAAAUAAAAUUGUGUGUAUAAUUUGUGAUGCUUGAGAGUAAUGCCAGUGCUAACUGACUAAAUUAUGUUUGAAAUAGUAAUGUCUGGGAUUAGUGUUGAAAGGUUUUUUUUAUUAGAAGCCAACAAAUCAUAGAAUGAAAUUUGUUUGUAGUUGAUGCAUCGUUUAAAAUAUAAUUAUGUAAUAACAAGAAUAACACUUAAAGGAUCCUAGGCUUCCAUCAGUUUAACAAUCAAUAUAAACAAGUGCAGGUGCUAACAUUUUUUUAAUUGGCUUUAGUAUUGGACCGAGUUUGAUCUGUGCUGUACAUGGGUGGUCUUACCUAGUGCAAGAUUCUCAAGCUGGACCCAUUUUCAGAUGCCUAUCCCAGGCAGUCGGGUCAAUAAAAAUGACUUGUUCCAUUUCAUAGCAUACAGCGGCUUCCUAAACUGUGUGAUCUGUUUCAACUGUGACCAUGAACUCAGUGAUAAACAUCAUAUCAAUAAAUCAAGAUAACUUUUUUUGUAAAGUAUCCUAAACAUCUAUUAGAUCAUUAGAGAGUAUAGAAUCCUUAUAGUAUUUAUAUAAUAAAGAUUGACAAUUUUCAUUUUUCUUCAACUAUCAUCUUUGUGGAUAUUUAUAAUAUUAACAAAUAUUUGUAUUACCUAAGGAAUUUUUUGCAAACUAUAUUUCAAGACAUGUCUACCUUUGCAGUGUUUUAUUAAAGUAUUAUUUUACUAACUUAAUUCAAUUAUUGUAUAUUCAUAGAAUUGUAGAAACUUUUCAAUGUUUUUGUGAUUUUUAUUUUCCCCCUUUUUAAAAAAAAAAAAAAUAUGCGCUUGUAUUUUAUCAAUGUAAUUUUUAACGUCUCCACUCUAGAACUAAAACAAAAUCUUUUACUUUUAUUAAAGUAUUAUUUUACUAACUUAAUUCAAUUAUUGUAUAUUCAUAGAAUUGUAGAAAAUUUUCAAUGUUUUUGUGAUUUUUAUUUUCCCCCUUUUUAAAAAAAAAAAAAAUAUGCGCUUGUAUUUUAUCAAUGUAAUUUUUAACGUCUCCACUCUAGAACUAAAACAAAAUCUUUUACCAAACUCGUCUGAACAGUUAAAACAUGGUUAGCUCCAGCGUUUCAAGCGGGAGGAUGACAUGUUGGUUUUGGUGUGUGCUGCAGCGCAGUGAAAAUAAAAAAAACGGUACACAAAUUGAUUUCUUUGACACAUUCCCUAUUCAAUCCCGCCACUUUCCCCAUUAGUCACUAAAAUGGUUGAGGGUAACUUUUGUUCCGUAACAUGGUAUUGUAUAUAUUUUACUUGAUCUCAGGCCAUGAAAUCCCCCACAUCAGCUACAAGCUGAUUAGCUCCAGGAUAAAAUUUUCAAACAAACUCUGCCAUAUGCUACAUAAUCUUAUUUAAAAUUAACAUAUUAAAAAAAUCAAGUGCUUUUAGUUUUCAACUUCUCUUGAAUUAUUUAUAGAUUUACUUUGGUUUUAAUGUGACAGUUUAUUUUGUGUGAGAACUCAAUAGUUAAUUCCAGAAGUACUUUUUAUUUGUUUCUGUUUCCCAUCUUAAUCAGGGCUGUGCGUGGUACAUUUUAGGCUACUUUGUGGGGUACAUUUUAGGCUACUUUGUGGGGUACAUUUUAGGCUACUGUGUGUUCAUGAGAGACCCUUUUCCUACAGUACCUUAUGUAUUAAUGGUAGGGAAUUCAGUUUAACAUACAAUUUUUUUCACAUGUUUCAUACAAAUACACAUUUUUUAAAGGAUUGUCCAAAUUCUUGAUUUUAAUCGUAAUCACUGUUGCCAUGAAAUGCCUUUAUUAAAUCUCAUAUCCAG